AUGGACGCCGCCGCAGGGGGAGGAGAAGAAGUAUUUGUCACCUACGCCCAAAUCGGGGCGUACUUCAACAUUCUGGCACUGGAGGGGCCGUCCGCGCAGGAUCGCAUCGAUCGCAUCGUCCCCUACCUCAUCUCCCUCCUGCCCCCACCCUUCGUCCCCGCGCCCGACGCCGACGCCGACGAGUCCUCCGACUCCGACGACGACCACUUCUCCCUCACCUCCUCCGAUGACGACACCGCCGCCCCCGCCGACGGGCCCGCUGUCGAUCCGGCGGCACUUGACGAUGACGGCCAGGACCACAUCAGCCGCCUACCGGACGACCUGCUCUCCAACAUCGUCUCCUGCCUCCCCACCAACGAAGCCGCGCGCACCAUGGUCCUCUCGACCCGCUGGCGCGGCGUCUGGGCGGCGACCCCGCUCCUCGUCGACGACGCCCACAUCAGGGCCCGCGGUUUCAGCGCCGUGCGUGCCCUCUCGCGCUGCGUGGCCGCUCACCCCGGCCCCGUCCGUGCCGUGCGCGUCACACGCACCUCCUUCCACCGGCAGGAGUACGCGCUCGAGCGCCUGAUCGCCAGCCUCGCCGCCAAGGACGUCCAUGACCUCAUCCUCUUCAACCGCCCCUGGCCGCUCGACAUGCCGCUCCCCGACGACAUCCUCAGCUGUGGCUCUCUCACCCGCCUCUACAUCGGCUUCUGGCGCUUCCCAGACACUACUGCCCACCAGCCCGCAUUUCCCAACCUCCAUGAGCUCGGCCUUUUUCACUCCAUCAUCGAGGACAGGGAUGUCGAUGCCUUGCUCGCGCACUGCUCCAAGCUGAGAAUCCUCUCCUUUGCCAUGGCGUACAGCUGCCGUUCACGCCUCCGUAUCAGGUCCAGCAGCCUCUGCGUCAUGAUGGAAUGGAGAUGCGGUUUCAAUGAAAUCAUCGUCGAGGAUGCACCUUGCCUGGAGCGCCUGCUCUUCCAUAGCAUUUCCGAUCGGAGGCCCGUUAGGAUUGUCAAUGCGCCUAGGCUGGAGGUGCUCGGCUUCUUGGACCUCCAGGUCCACGCGCUCGAGAUUGGUGGCGUUGUCAUCAGGGCCGGUAUGAAUGUGAGAGCUAGGGCCAUGCUGCCAAGUUUGAAGAUGCUGGCUGUCAAGGUGCGGUUUUCGCACGACAUGGAGGUCAAGAUGCUGGACACUCUGCUCAGAUGCUUUCCUCGCCUCGAAACGCUUCAUGUCAUGUCCAUUCGACCCAGUUCACCUGAUAGUGUCGGUUUUGCUGAGUUCUGGAAGUCCCUGGGCUCUUGUGAUUGCCUUGAAUCUCAUCUGAAGACAUUCGUCUUCCAUAGAUACCAGGGUCUGGACUGUGAGUACUUGUUUCUUUGUUAUAUCCUGAAGAAGGCGAAGGUGCUUAAGACGCUGGGCAUCGAUUGUGCUGAGAGUGAUGAUGUGGUAGUGGAGGGAGGCCCUAUGUCAGGUUCUGCUGGUGAGGGCAAUGUGUCAUCAGGUGGAAGUAGUGGCAGUGAUGGUGUGGUAAUGGAGGGAGGUCCUGUGUCAGGAUCCGUUGGUGAGGGCAAUGCGCCAUCAGGUGGAAGCAGUGGCAGUAAUAUUAUUUAUGUUUACGUUGCCUCCCCUUGCUGGACCUUUCAGAACGCCAUUGACUUGUCAGUGGAGGAUCCCUUCUGUGUGUUGAGGCAUGACAAGUGCUGGAUCGCUUCUCGAGUUAUGGCAUGA